CUCCGCCGCGACUUGUUUUUCCGCUUCCGGUAUGCGCGGAAGCGUCGCCUGGCGGCGGUUUCGCGUUUUCCCGCCUUUUCCUCCUCCGCCUCGGGCUUUUUACGACGGAGCGAGGGAAGCAGCGACGUCAGGGAGAUGGAAAGGGCGACGGCCGCUUCUGGCGCUCCUGAAGAGGACGGCGGCAACGACAGCAACACUUCCACGGGAGGCGAAGAGGGCGACAGGAACGCCGAGGAGCCCGUCGUGUCGCUAGCCGAGGUGCUGGCCGAAAGCGAGGAGUUGGAGAACGAAGCGCGCGCCGUGCUGGGCGGGAGCGAUCACGAGCGCUGCAGUUACUCUCAGGGUGCUGUAAAGAGGCAGGCGUUGUAUGCCUGCAGUACAUGUACACCAUCAGGUGAAGAACCAGCAGGGAUUUGUUUAGCAUGCAGCUAUGAAUGCCAUGGCUCUCACAAGUUAUUUGAGUUAUAUACAAAAAGAAACUUCCGUUGUGAUUGUGGAAACAGCAAGUUCAAAAAUCUGAAAUGCAAACUACAUCCUGACAAGGCAACAGUGAAUCCAGCAAAUAAAUAUAAUGAUAAUUUCUAUGGAUUAUAUUGUGUGUGCAAAAGACCUUACCCAGAUCCUGAUGAUGAGAUUCCAGAUGAAAUGAUCCAGUGCAUAGUUUGUGAAGAUUGGUUUCAUGGAAGGCAUCUUGGUGUUGUCCCUCCAGAUAGUGGGGAUUUUCAUGAAAUGGUCUGUCAGUCUUGCAUGGAUCAUUGCCCUUUCUUGUGGGCAUAUGCCUCGCGGUUAGCAGUUCCAACUGUGACCAAAGUUAUUGCUGCAGCUGAUAAUGGAACUCUGCUGAAUGUUGAAGAAACUGAAGUAAUCAAAAAUGAAAACAGUGUAGAUCAAAUGAAGACUGAAGAUAAAAUAAUACAAAUUAAUGAACCUUCUACCAGUUCUGGCAAUGAAUGUUCAGUGCCAGUUAAAAAGGAAAUACUGGUAUGUAAGCUGCAAGAACUUCAAGCCAAGCAGAACCUGAAGCAAAAUACAGCCACCUUCUGGCCACACAACUGGCGAAGCAAAUUGUGCACCUGCAAAGAAUGUGUGAAAAUGUAUUCUGAUAUGGAAGUCCCAUUCCUAACAGAUGAAUGUGAUACUGUCCUGGCUUAUGAAAAUAAAGGGACAAAUGACCAAGAAGCAGAUAGAAGAGAUCCUCUAAUGGACACACUUAACAGUAUGAACAGAGUACAGCAGGUAGAACUCAUCUGUGAAUACAAUGAUUUGAAAACAGAAUUGACAGACUAUUUGAGAAGAUUUGCAAAUGAAGGAACAGUUGUUAAACGAGAGGACAUUCAGCAAUUUUUUGAAGAAUUUCAAUCUCGAAAGAGGAGGAGGGUAGAUCAGAUGCAGUACUACUGUAGCUAGACUAGAUAGGAAGUCUUACAUAUACAGCUGUCUGCUAAAUUCUGGGGUUUCUCUCCCAAUUUAAAUCUAACUUCUUGUUCAUCUUGAUUUGUGUCCUAGAAGGCUGAGUUUAUUAUUUACAGCCACAUGCAUACACCAAUUUCCUAGUAACUAUGCUGAGAAGUGAAAUGAUCAUGGAUUCACAGAAUGUCACUUGUGUCAAAGAAAGGGCUGGUUAGUUUUCAGAAGAUACCUACUUGGAAACUAUACUGAUUGCCUCUUAAGACAAUAUGGGUGACAACAAUCUUUUUUAUGACUUAAAGGAAAAAUCUAGAUAAAGGUCUUAAUGAAUUAGUAUUCAGGGUCAAGGUACUUGUUUCUCAAAGACUUAUUUGAAUGCAAGAUUUCAUAUCUGCUUGGUUUUAGGACAUUCAUUAUGGUAUAUUCUGCUAGCUGUUGCUCUUAAGCCAAUUUGGAUCAUUAUAUGGCUUGCUGAAUUAGUUGAAGUACAACUUUUAGCUAAAAUUAGACAUUCAUGAUUGUUGAAUGAAUAUGACGGAGGCCAGUGUGUGUAUUAUAAACAGUGGUUAACUGGUAGGCAAUGAUAGUGCAGAGGCUUAGUAAUAUUAUCACCAAUAUGUUUUGAUUGAUUGCCAGCACAGAAUGUCUAAAUUGCUUUUUGGUAGAUCAUAAUUAUCAGGUUAAUCUAUUGACUUUUUAAAACUGAAAGGAGUAUCUGAAACUGAUAUAAUGUAAUUGCAAACGUUUAGGAAGAACAGCCUACAAAGCUUAAAGCUCCCAAACUAAAAUAUGGCUGUGAUCUUUUGUAAUUAUGUUAGAGAAUUCAAACCCUUAAUAUUGCAAAGAAUGUUUAAAACAUCAUUUAAGUACAUCUAUUUUCUAUUGGUUAAAUUUAUCACCUAACUACUAGAAAUUCACAGCAAUCAUGCUGUAUACCAAUAUCUCAAUAAAAUUGUAUUUUAAUUUUUAA